GAAUUUUGUAAACAACAUUCUUUUUCCAAGAAAAUUUUAAUGAAAACGUUUUGAAAAUAAUUAAAUUUUUCUACGGCUUGUAUAUUAAAACUCAGAUUUAUUCGAUAAGUAUAUUCUUCAUCAACUAUGCCGUUUCUUCGUUGAGCAUUAUAGGUAGUAACUUUCAAACUAAUUGUAACGUCUAUUCGAUUCAUUUGACCGGAAUCUCUUACAGGUUUCGAAACACAGAAAUUAUACCAAAGUAUAAAUCAUAACCAAAUCCAACCAUGACAGACACAACAGCGAAUUUAGUCCUCGAAUUCGACGAUUUGAUGAGUUGCACUAGAGUUUUAUGGGAGAAUUCACAUGCCGAAGAUUUCCUCAAGUACGUCAUACGUCAAGAAACCGUGCUCGCGAAAUACGAAGAGUUGCAACACGAAUGCAAACGUUUAAAAGAUGCAUUGGACGAAUCAGUUCGAGGCACUUCGAUCCUAGAUUCGAAGCUUAAAAAAGCUCGUCAAUUGUUAGAUAUUGAAAAGAAACAAGUUACGAAACUUGAAAACGAAAGAGAUGCUAUGGCCAGCGUACUGGAAGAAGUACGUCGUAUUCUGUGUAACGAUUCGCGUUGUAAACUUCCCGAAGAUACGAAAAACAGACUUACGGUGAUCACAUCUAACAACGCAUACGGUAAAACGUUGGAUCGUUUCAGUAGUCAGACCGAUUUAGAAUCGUCUGAUAUUAGCAUUACUCGUUCCGAAGACGAUCUGGAUGAUUCGAGACCAGUGAAUAGAAACAAACGUAGACUCACGUGCGUGAACGAAGAACCGUAUGCGAUGCCGAAGAAAAAAUCCUCGAUAUAUCCGCCACUCGCUCCUCUAGCUUCGCAACCAGAAUCACUCGAGUCGACUGAAUCGGAACGCGAUGUUAUAAUCGAAUCGAAAAAUGGACAGUUCAGAGUACUCGAUCGUCUUAACGCUAGAACUCAUCGAUUCGAAAACUGUUCUUUAAAAUUAGGAGCCGAAUGUUUAUCCUGCGGAAAGAAAAUCCGGCUGAGGGCUGCAUUCAAAUGCGCCGUAUGCAAUACGUUUUCUCAUCCGGAAUGUCGCAGUUCUGUUCCUUUACCUUGCGUACCUUUGGGAAUUCCUGCGAAACCUGGUGUCAUUGGAAGCAUAUCCGAUUACGCUCCUCCAGCUACACCUCUGAUUCCGGCCGUAGUUUCACAUUGUAUUUACGAAGUCGAACGUCGUGGUCUGCAAGAAAAAGGAAUAUACAGAGUAUCGGGAGAUCAUAAAGAAGUACACGAAUUGAAAGAAAAAUUCAUAAAGUACAAAUUAGUGCCAAAUUUAUCGAAAACUGAAAUCAACACCGUUUGUAGCUUCUUGAAAGAAUUCUUGCGCAGUUUAAACGAACCGCUGAUACCGAAGUCGAAAUGGGCUUGUUUUGCCCAAAGUAUCUCAGAUACCGAUAAAGAUAAUAAGUUACGAGAAGUAGUUUCAACUCUUCCACGAGCCAAUCGCGAUACUCUGGCUUUUCUUAUACUACAUUUACAAAAAGUCUCUCAAUCUCCAGCCUGUCACAUGGACAUUUACAAUUUAGCUACCGUAUUUGGUCCUACGAUCGUAGGUUAUUGCGAUCCAACUAAUCCUCUGGGCGAAACAGCAAUCGGCAACAAUGUAAUGGAACAGUUAUUAUCGAUAGAUGCCGAAUAUUGGAGUCAGUUUCUCGAAGAUCCAAUGCCUCCUCCACCGACCCCAGCAAGUGACAUAACGUCGGCGUCGAAAGAAUCGUCGAAGAAAACUCCUCGCAAAUAUUUCUCUCGUUGGUGAUUUCUCUCACCUUGUGAUUAAUUUAUUUUACGAUGAAACUCAAAUUAUGCUCUCGAUUGUAUCAGCACUAGUUUUAUGAUCUGUUUAUAUUUUUUAAGAAUUGAAGUUAUCCAUUUAAGAUUAAUUUUUCUUUUAUUAAUUAACUUUCAUUAUGCCCGAUUUUUGUGAUGAUGAUGUCUUGAAUUGUGGUUAUUUUACCUCGUUUAUCGAUAAGUUUUCGAUCGAAUUUUACUCUGUGAUUCUAGUUUUACCCGGGUCUUUACUUUGCUCAAUUGUAUCGAUAUUUUACGCUGUUAACGUUUCAUUUAUACCCUGAUGUACUUCGUUUAAGAAUUUGUGUUCAGUUUGCAGUGUUCAAUUCAUUCAAGAUAUUGUUCAUACAUAAGACGGUAUUUUACUUAAUUGUUUUUUUCCUAUUGAUAUAUACCUCAUUUUGUGAUUAUACGAUUUAAAUUUAAUAUUGUGAUAGUUGUAAUGUUUCAUUUGUAGUCGUAAAUGCCAUUUUGUUAUCUUGCCUACCAAUUUUUUUUAUUUUUUUUUUUUUACUGAAUAGUUUGUACAGUUUUAAAGGGAAAUAUACUAAUGCUGGUUGCUCA